AAGCAUCAGUUCAUCGUAAAUAGAACUGAUAACAAAUUAGUUGAGCCGGCUUGGCGGUACGUUACGAUUAUGAGUCCAGUUGUUGUCGGUGCGUGUUCAGAGCAACUCGAACGACUAGUGAAAUGUAUACUCUGAUGUGUAAAGUGUUCAUUUGGAGUAUUACCGUUGGCUCGAUACUCGCUGCAACAAGCCGAUUGUUUCCAGCACAGUUUAAAUUUGGUGUUGGAACGUCUUCGUACCAGAUUGAGGGUGCUUGGGACGAGGAUGGAAAAGUUGAAUCGAUUUGGGAUCAUUUCACGCAUCAUCACCCGGAGAUGAUUGUAGACCGAAGCAAUGGGGACGUUGCUUGCGAUAGUUACCAUCAAUGGCGCCGCGAUGUAGAAAUGAUCAAAGAGCUUGGAGUUGACAUUUAUCGCUUUUCGAUUACUUGGACCAGGAUCUUACCUGACACUCUUAAGCACCGUCAUGUCAAUCAGAAAGGAAUUGAAUACUACAACAAUCUAAUCAACGGAUUGCUCGAAAACGGAAUAACGCCUAUGGUAACUCUGUAUCACUUCGAUCUGCCGCAGAAAUUACAAGACUUGGGUGGAUGGCUGUCCCCUGACAUCGUUAACUAUUUCACCACGUAUGCAAAAGUUGCGUUUGAGAACUUUGGCGAUCGGGUUAAAAUAUGGACCACAUUCAACGAACCGUGGCACAUUUGCGAGAAUUCAUACGGUAGAGAUGGGUUGGCACCGGCUACGAACUAUUCCGGAGUAGCGAACUAUAUUUGCGGUCAUAAUUUGCUGAAGGCUCACGCUGAAGCAGUUCACCUAUACCGCAAUCAGUUCCAGGAUAAACAAAAAGGAGCGAUUGGUAUCUCGUUGGAUGCUCGGUGGUAUGAGCCAGCUGUUCCGGACUCAGAAGAUGACCAGGAAGCUUCGGAUUGGGGUUUGCAGUUUCACCUAGGUUGGUUCGGUCAUCCAAUAUUUUCAUCCGAUGGAGACUAUCCUGAAGUCAUGAGAUAUCGUAUUGGAAACUUCAGCGCAUUGCAAGGAUUUUCAAAGUCCAGACUUCCGGUAUUCACACGUGAGGAGAUAGAUCGUAUCAGGGGAACGGCGGACUUUUUUGGAUUGAACACGUACACAACAAGAUUGGUCAGUAAGAAUAGUGAACUCAACGAGGCGAAUUAUACCAUUCCCUCGAAUGAGCAUGACACAGGAGUUCUGCUUUCCAUUGACCCCCGUUGGCCGUCUGUUGAAACAUCUUGGCUUAAGGUUGUUCCAUUCGGUCUCAGUAAACUGUUGAAUUGGAUCAAGAAGGAGUACAAUAAUCCACCUACAUGGGUGACUGAAAAUGGUGUCGGAACUGCUUCGGGGACGGUCGAUCAGCAGCGAGUUGACUAUUACAACAGCUAUUUGAAUGCCGCAUUGGAUGCAAUUGACGACGGUUGUGACGUUCGUGGAUACAUCGCUUGGAGUUUGAUGGAUAAUUUCGAGUGGAGAUCUGGAUAUACGGGUAAGUUUGGACUGUUUCACGUUGACUUUAAGAGCCCAAAUCGAACCCGUUAUGCAAAACUUUCCGCCAAAGUGUACCGACGAGUUAUCGAAACACGAAAGAUCGAUAUUAGUUAUAAACCAAAGGCAGAUACAAUAAUUGAUUCAACAGAUCUCUACGCUUCACGUAAGUUAUCUUUUAUUUUGUCUGUGGGACUAGUGUAUGUGUUUAUGAGAAUAGUGUUUGCGUACACGUAGUAUGGUGUUUACUUGAGCUAACUUGAGUAACAUUUUUC